UGCUACCAAAAUGUUGUCUGAAGGAGGCUCCUUCAUGAAGGGGAUGGUGAUGGGAGGCCUCUUCUGCUUGCUGCUGUCGCUCCUGGGUAGUUUCAGCCCCGGCAUGGAGUCCAAGACAGACGACCAUCAUCACCAUCACGUCAAGGCCCCGAGUAAAGACGAGCUGACACGCCUCUCUGAGAGUCACGUUCACGAGUUGAGCAAUCAAGUCCGAGUGUCUUGCAUCAUCAUGGUCCAGCCCAAGAUCCUCGUUUACUGGGCCACUGCGGUGGACACCUGGAGCAAACACUGCGAUAAGGCAGUGUUUUACACCUCUGAGUCCUCUAAGGCGCUCGAGGCGGUAGACCUGAAUGAAAAAGACGACUGGGCGAGGUUACGUAAAGCUCUGAAGCAUGCUUAUGAGAACGCCGGAGACCUGCGCUGGUUCUUUGUGGCACAACCUACAACGUUCGCCAUCAUCGAGAACCUCAAAUUCCUGGUGCUCGCCAAAGAUCCCAGUGAGCCGUUCUACCUGGGCAACGCUAUGAAGUCAGGGGAGCUUGAGUACGUGUCGUACGAUAGUGGCAUCGUUCUGAGUUACGAAGCGCUGAAGAGGUUGGUGCACAUAUUUGAGGAUGAAGACAAAUGUCCAGAAAGAGGGCGCGCCCUGUGGAAGCUGAGCGAGGACAAGCAGCUGGCCGUGUGUCUCAAAUACACAGGCGUCUUCGCAGAGAACGGAGAAGACGCACACGGAAAGGGCCUGUUCAACAGCAAGAGUGUGAACACCCUGAUAACGGACAGCAUGAAGGACAAUCCCACUAAUGUGGUGGAGGGCUGCUGCUCCGACAUGGCGGUCACAUUCAACGGGAUGUCACCGAAUCAAAUGCAGGUUAUGAUGUUUGGAGUUUACAGACUUCGUCCAUACGGCCACGACUUCCGUGACUCGCUAGUAUUUAACCCCCCCGAAGGUUCAGAUAAUGACUAGAGACUCAUUCCUUCAAGAUGGACGCAGCGUUUUAAAUGUUUUGCUUCUAUGAUGGCAAACUUAACUGUGGGGAGAUUUUCUAAUUCUGUUUCUAAAACUGGAUCCUGGGUGGGAGCAACACUUCUUUGUAUAUUUGUAUCUUUUGCACUUGGCACAAUCAGCACCCUAUUGUGGUGUAAGUAAACAGCGUCGAUGGGUGUGCCGUCCUUUUGAAUGAAGAUAGAGCUGGAUCGUGUCAAACUUGGGACAUGAGACGGAGAUUUUCUGGAAGUUUGGGUUAUUUUUGUCUUAAAUGUUUGUCUUUUUGUCUCAAAGCUGCAUAGGAGUCAUCGGGUGAUGCCCGUUUUCUAAAAAAGUUUCUGAAAUGAUUUAACUGUAAAAGUGCUUCGCCAUCUCAACCACAUUAUGAAUAACUUAUUUUCUUUUAAUCUCUUGAGAAUAAAGAUGAGAAAAUC